AUGUCUGAUGAAGAGAUGAAAAAAUUAGACUCGUCGAAGAAAACAAGUGAUUCUGCGGAAAAUCCGAGAUUAUGUUCUUUCAGCAUCGAGAGAUUACUAGCAAGACCGAGUAAGAUAGAUGAAGAAGAAAAUAAAUUCCCACAACAGACCGAUUUGUCUUUGCUUUGCCAAGAAAGUAAUGAAUUGGAGAGAAGAAUGCUUGUUGCACCUGAUUCAUCAAUGUCAAUGGCGGAAGAAAUCGAGCUCGACGAUACCGACAUAGUAUGCUCGAUAUCUCCUGAACCAGAGAUGUAUUAUGAGGCGUGCACCAGCAGUAGUGGCGCGAAUUCAAUUACGAGCACGGACAGGGACAUCCAGGAGAAGACUGUCGCCGCUAUUAGCGACGAUGAAAGGAAGAAGAGACCACGUACAGCGUUCACCGCCACGCAAAUUAAAUCCUUGGAGGCGGAAUUCGAAAGAAAUAAGUACUUGAGUGUGGCAAAACGGUUGCAGCUGAGCAAAAAUUUAAAGCUCACGGAAACGCAAAUAAAGAUAUGGUUCCAAAAUAGACGGACUAAGUGGAAAAGAAAGUACACUAAUGACGUCGAGCUAUUUGCGCAGCAAUACUAUUCGAGCUUAGGAAUUCCAGCACCACGACCAAUUUUUGUCGGUGAUCGCUUAUGGUUUUUCAACUAUCCGGGACAAUCACAAUCGGGAAUACCAUUUCCGCAGCAUUUAACACCAUUGCCAUUACCCCCUACAUUACCUAUUAUUCAACCAUUGCCCAGUACUCUAUCGAUGAGGCAACAAACAUCUAUCUUUCAAAAUGUACCAACUAGUCACCUCUCGCAUCAUCUAACUCAGAGAUUGGAUUUCAGGCAUCAUGAUCCUUAG